AUGCUAUCGAUUUGCGUACUGAUAACAUUUCUGGCUUUCACAUCUGUGCGGGGCUUCAACCCGAAUCAUUUCAGUAUUGAUGAAGUAUCAGAAAAAUCUUAUGAGAAUACGAAAACCUGGGUGAUACUUGUCGCUGGUUCUAAUGGCUGGUACAAUUAUCGCCACCAAUCGGAUAUAUGUCACGCAUAUCACGUUGUUAGAAAUCAUGGUAUUCCGGAAGACAACAUCAUUACAAUGAUGUACGAUGAUAUUGCUAAUAAUAAGAAGAAUCCAUAUCCAGGCAAAAUAUUUAAUGUACCUGGUGGAAGCGACGUUUACAAAGGUGUUAAAGUCGACUAUUCCGGAAUCCAUGUCACUCCGGAAAAUUUCCUGGCAAUUUUAAAUGGAAAUAAAACGGCAGUAAAGGGUGGUAGUGGCAAAGUAAUGAACAGUACUCGCGAUGAUCACAUAUUUGUGUAUUUCACCGAUCAUGGAGCCGUUGGAUUGGUAUCCUUCCCAGAGUCUGUGCUAACUGUUAAAGAUUUAAAUGAUGCAUUGAAACGAAUGCAUAAAUUGAAAAAAUUUGGAAGGCUUGUAUUUUAUAUGGAAGCAUGCGAAAGUGGCUCAAUGUUCGCAAAAGUUCUACCUAAAAAUAUUGAUGUUUAUGCGGUAACAGCAUCAAAUUCGCAUGAAAGCUCUUGGGGUUGCUACUGUGAUAAUGAGAUGAAAUUGCCUUGUCUCGGUGAUUGCUUCUCCAUAAAUUGGAUUGUCGAUUCCGAAAAGGAAGAUUUGAAUCACGAAACUUUGGCUUCACAAUUCGAAAUUGUCAAACAAGAAACAAAUAUGAGUCAUGUGAUGCAUUACGGUGAUUUAAAUAUUGCCAGCGAUUAUGUGGCUUAUUAUUUGGGCAAUAAAAUAUCUAAUGGCAAAAAUAUGGAUUAUAAUCCGACAGAAAUUAAAAGUAAAAGAUCAGUUGCUUGGCCUUCACGUGAAGUUUAUCUUCGAAUGCUUGAAAAGGAAUUGCAUGAAGCAGAAACAGAAUCUGAACGAAAUGCUUUGCAACAUAAAAUCGAGAAAAUAUCAAUGAUAAGUUGUUUAUAUGAUUUGUGGUGA